AGAGCUAUAGAGAGCGAAGAGACGAGAAAAGAAAGAGAAAUGAAAAUCAGAACACAGCUGACUGCUUGUCACGUAACUCCACAGAUGCAGUGAAUGGUCUUUGGUUCAGCCAUUUUGCAGGGAAAAGCAAAGGAGAGGACAGGGGAAGACUUAAACCACUAAAAAGUAAACGGAUAAACCCUUUUCUGAAGUGCUCCAGCAGGAGAUGAUGAAGCCCCCCUGCUGAUUCUUUGACGCGUGGAGGAGAGGUGAAAGGGAGCAAAGAAGAUAGCAGGGGAGGAACUGUUUGUGUUACCAAGGGAGGAGUUGUCUUUCUCACAUAGUGUCACCAGUGAGGAGGAGGCAGAAGCGAGUGCUUGUGGUCUCCUCAGAGAGAGCGAGAGCGAGAAAGAGAGCGUGCGAGAGAGAGAGAGAGAGGGAGAGAGAGAGAGAGAGAGAGAGAGAGAGGACAAGGAAGGGCUGCUAGUGUGACAGAAAGAGUAGGGCAGGCAAUGUGCCGCUGACUGGAGUAUGCUACAGACCAUUUACGAGGGUGACUCCUACUUCUCCAGCGACAGCUUUGGCAAACUCCGGCUGCCUCGGGAACCUCACAACAGUGACAUGCACAACGUUAACAACUCAGUGGACGUUAAGCCUGAAGUACCGUUGACGCUGGAACCUGUGUCUCCACUAGACCUGCGGACAGAUGUGAGGAUGCCGGCCGGGGGCUCAGAUCCCAACGUGUGGGAGCGACAGCUGCAGCAGGAGCUGCUCCUCAUUCAGAAGCAGCAGCAGAUCCAGAAACAGCUCCUCAUAAACGAGUUCCAGAAGCAGCAUGAGAACCUGAUUCGCCAACAUCAGGUCCAGCUUCAGGAGCACCUCAAGCUGCAGCAGGAACUGCAAGUGAUGAAGCAGCGACAGGAGCAGCUGGAGAAGGAAAGGAAGUUGGAGCAGCAAAACCAGGAAAGGGAACUGGAGAGACAUCGGCGCCAGCAGCAGGUGCUAAUCCUCAGGAGCAAAGAACGGGCACGAGAGAGUGCAGUGGCCAGCACAGAAGUUAAGCAGAAACUACAGGAGUUUUUGCUGAGUAAAUCCACAAAGGACACCAAUGGAUCUUGUCAUACAUUUACACAGAACUCCAAACUGUGGUUCACGGCCUCCCAUCACACCUCUCUGGAGCAGAGUUCACCUCCUCUGGGAGGAGUGUCACCGUCGUGCAAAUUCCCUUUGCCUUCUCUACCAGACUGCAGAGACGAUUUCCCUCUGAGGAAGACUGCCUCAGAGCCGAAUCUGAAGGUACGCUCUAGGUUGAAGCAGAAAGUUGCAGAGAGGAGGAGCAGCCCGCUUCUUCUGAGAAAAGAAGGAAUUGUUAUGACACCCUUCAAAAAACGAGCCUUGGAACUAAUGGAUUCGACGGCCAGCAGCAGCUCCACUGGCUCAGGCUCCAACUCUCCAAAUAGAGCCUUAAGUUUUUCUGGAUCUGAAAAUGGACCAUCACCUCAACCAUCCUCAUCUCACACUGAGCGUUGGCCCUCACAGCCGAAGUUGCUUGGCUUUGAAGGUUCAGUAUCCGUGUUGAGUCUCUACACAUCGCCAUCUCUGCCUAACAUCACGCUAGGCCUCUCUGCUGCCUCCUCCCCCAUCAGUGCUGGCGAGGCCAGUGGAGUGCUGCCUGUCAGGCAGGGUUUGCCCGCUCAGCUCCUGGGCCCUGUGCCUGUACCAGUCAGCAUGGAGAGUAAAGUGAGCAGCAGCCAGCAAGCUCUGCUACAGCACCUCCUGCAAAAGGAGCAGCUACGCCAGCAGAAGAUAUUCUCCACUGGCCAAAGUGCAGGAUCUGUUCAUCCCCCUUCUCCUCUGGCCAUGACGGAGCGUUCCUCAGGCAGUGUGAGGCCCAAAUUGCCGCGUCACCGGCCCUUGAACCGUACCCAGUCUGCACCACUUCCUCAGAGCAUUCUAGCCCAGCUUGUUAUCCAGCAGCAGCACCAACACUUCCUCGAGAAGCAAAAACAGUACCAGCAACAGGUCCACAUCAAUAAGCUGUUUUCCAAGACCAUGGAACAGCUGAGGCAGCCGAACGGGCACCUGCACGAGUCAGAAGAGGAAGAGGGAGAGGAUGCGCACAUUCACAUCAUGCAAGAGGACAUCUCGCCCUCUUCUGGAGUCAUCCGCAAGUGCAGCCCCAGCCAUCGGAGCAACAACAGCAGCAUUCACAGUCCUGAUUUGCUCAGUGAAGAGGUGGAUGCUCAUGCUAGGGUUAUUAAAAUCAAACAGGAGCCUGCUGACAGUGAUGAUGAAACACAUGCCAAAGAGAGUUUAGGAGAGAAAAAGAGUGCUUACCUUCACCAGGUCGAAGGAAGGCUGGUCAUUCAGGCUAUGAACUGAUCUUAGGCAUGAGUGCACACACACACACACACACACACACACACACACACACACACACACACACACACACACACACACACACACACACACACACACACACACACACACACCACACACACAUUCUCAUAACUCAUGCCAGGUUAUUGCCACCGUAAGCCCUUCUGGACUGUAGACAUUUGUGACCUUGUGACGUGAUCUCUGUAUUGUAUGCUGUAAUGAUCUGUAUAUAAUUUGGAUAAUAAGAAAAAAUAUCUAGACUGGUAUAUCUUUUAAAAAGCUAAAGAUGCAUCUCUGUUUGUAAGAAGACUUUUGAAAUGUAAUUACUCACCCUUUCUACUUUCGAUCCACCCACUGAAAAAGAGCUGCGCUAGGACUCAUGUAAAAUAAUCACAGACUUUUUCCUGAUACUUUAUGAACGUUGCAUAGUUUUCAUUUCGGAUUAUUUUGUUCCUUUGUUGUUUUCAGUGUAAAGUGCAACAGGAGCACAGCUAUAGAAUCAGCAUCCUCCCUGUGAUUGUGUAAUCGAGCUUUAGAACAGCGCACUGUGUCCUGGGUUCUCCCAGGGGUCUGUUUCAAAGUUGCACUGUGGGCCCAGAGCAGUGCUCGGCUCGGCGGCUCAUUCACAGUGAGAGAGGGCUGAGCAGGAAAUGCCUGGUGGAAGCCAGGAACUACAGUGAUUCAUGAGCACAGAAAUGUUGGGAGAGGACGAACUCAGCGUUCAGCAAGUCCAAGAGACCAGUCAUGAGCCCUGAUUUACUAUCGGGGCAAAUUACAAAACAAGUAGGGAAAGAGUGGAGCGAGUCCUUAUUUAAAAACCAAUCAUUUCCUCUUUAGACCGGGAUAAUGUGUUCACCCCACAUUACAGUUUUGAUGUCCUUUCCAUCUUUGUCUGUAUUCAAGGUGUGAUUCCCAAUUGCUGAUUAUUUCUCCUCUCAAAGCGUGGCCAGAUAAAUAUAACAUAUUUCCAUAGCUACAAUAUUCCUUGUAACUUUCCUAUCAUUUGUCAUGUUUAGCCCUGUCAAUGUAAACGCAUUAGUGGGAGAAAUAUGUGUAAGAUCCUGUGCCACAAUGCUGCCACAUAAAGGAAAACUUGUUCGUUAUAUGUGACUCACCAUAACGUUUUUAAAAGUUAAGCAUUCUGGACACAUCUGCCUGUGUCCUGUUCUCUUGUUCCUCUGUCCAAUAGCAGUAAGCUCUUCUUCACUUCAUAGAUGUGAUGGAUGGAUCACCAUAUUGCUUUAUUAAUGUCUUUUUAAAAAUAAACUACAUUUCCAUUCUGUGA